UGAAGUGCUGCUCUGUAUCAAUAUGCAACAGCAGUGAGGUGUUCAGAGGCUGUCGUGCUGAAGGAACGGGUAUCAUCGACCUUCUGAUUCGAAGGUCGCUGCGAUGGUUUAAAAGUGAAGCUGCCCAGCUGAGCCGAGAAUCUUCGAGCUCGAGUAAAUAGGGAAAUUGUGAAUUUCGAUUAGAAUCGGCAGCCGAGGAGGAGAGAGUUCCGAGAUUUCUGAGUACUUUCACAGUAUCAGCAACCUCGACGAAGGAUUUUGAUCGCUGAGAAGAUGGCGGAGACUGUAGAUGUCGCCCACAACAAGGAACCUAUUCAUGUAGUUUUGGGAAGACCACAUCAGUUUGCGGAUGUGGGUAAGCAGGCCAAGGAUCUGUUGUACAAGGGCUUCUCGAGCGGAAAUAUGCUCAUGAUGUCCUGUGUCAUGCCCGGAGGUGCGCUUCUGUCCACCACCGCCACAAUGUUCGACGGCAACGUUGUCGGUCUCAUGAGCACUUCCUUCAAGUCUGCUGGUGUUCAAACGGAGCUGAGCGGAGGCACUCUUAACCAGAUAACGGCAUCUUCAACCUACGAGGAUCUUGCACCUGGUUUGAAAAUUGCCUUGGCAACUGCUCUUCCAGGAGCUGAAGAUAUCGGCAAAGCACAGGUUCAGUAUCAGCUCAAUAAUGCAGCGUUUGAUGCGACGAUGAUUGGUUUGAAGAGUACACCAACACUUCAAUUCUCGGCGAACCUGGGAUCGGAAAGGCUGUCGCUGGGUGCCUCUGCAUUGUACAAUAGUGAAACUAAAGAAGUGUCGACUUUAAAUACAGGAAUCGGAUAUCUGAGACCAGACAUGUCAGCAGCAUUCUUCUAUGAUCCUUUGAAAGAUAAUGCUAUGGACGCAUACUUCACUCGGCACAUCAGUCCCAGAGCAAUGUUAGGCGGACACCUACACUUCAAAGUCGAUAAGCAGGUGACCGCUGCAACACUUGGUGGAUCACUGAGGAUGGAUGCACAAAGCACAAUCAAGGCAAAGUGGAAUAAUCAAGGAGUGUUAGGAGCACUAUUCGAGCACCAACCAAACCCUUUUUUGACAGUAGGUAUGUAUGUAGACGUGGACACCUUCAAUCUUCGAAGACAACCCAACGUGGGAUUUUGUGUAUCCGUUUUAGGAUCUGUUGCGUAAGCAGCCGCCAUUAUUAUAUGUCAUACCCCUAUCAAAUCUCAAUUCUUUUAAGUAAAACUCCUCUAAAUGUGGAGUGAUCCAAGAUUUA